ACCCUUUUAACAAGCAGAUCUCUCCGCACGGUUUAUCGGCGUUCCACGUGAUCUCCGUAGCCGGCGAGGACUGUCAUUGUAGCGGGUGCCUGGAGGCACAAAGCCCGCAUCACUUUCCUCGGAGACUUUCCGGGACGUAAGCAGCAGCAGGAUAAGCGAUAUGGUGUUACCUUCCAGCCGCUCCUACUUUCGCAUCUGCCUCCCUUUCCAGACAACCUUUUUAUAAAUCGGCUCGAACUCAAAACUAUCCGUAGGAAACCAUGCAUCGCAGGGCGCGUUUCAUGAAAAGAAGACACCGUGAGAUUUGUCUAAACUAUUCUGCACCGUCAAACCGAUGUCACUUUUAAGAAACUGUCAGCUGUCUUAUGUGCCGAGGAAGACUUACUAAAUACAAAUAAAGGGGAAGACUCCUUAUAGAAACUGCAGAAAAGCGGUACUUGGCUAACUGGUUCCCACCUCUAUGGUAAUUGUCGACACCUUAAAGGUCCCUGCGGCUGGGCUGACAGGAGAUGCCCUGGGUGGAAUGUAAGACGGCGGAUCCUCGGUGCGGCAGGCGCAGACUGAGGACUCUGGCCAUGAAACUGCCCUGUUUCUUCUGGUUCCUCCUGCUGUUCGGAGCUGGGGGCCUGGUGCUCUUCACACACCUGCAGGACCUUUCUGAGACGUUUCAGCAGCAAGCUCCAGGCAUGAGGCUUGGAGACCCCCUGGGACAGACCAUGAGGAAGGACCUGUGCACUAAAGAGGCAGCAGGGAACAGCCUGGGGCAAGGCUUGGACAGCACAGACGGGCUGCCGUCGAGCCCCGUGCCCCCCAUGGAGUUUCCUGCGUUCAGCUGGCAGCGGCAGUCUGCUCCCCCGGAGGGCAGCCCCGGCCGCACCACCAAACGCCGUAGGAAGCUUCUACUAAAAAGCACCGUCGCCAUGCAGCCGCGCAACUUGUCGUCAUCAUUGGGCGGCCCCCCGGACAGCUGGCGGAGGCUGGCCCAUGUCCAGGAGGCACGCAAGCGACUGACGAAGGAGGUGUGUGCCAAGUACAUGAGCACCAGCAGGAAAGUCACGCCACAGCACGUGUCCCGCAUCUUUGUGGAGGAUCGGCACAAGCUGUUGUACUGCGAGGUGCCCAAGGUGGGCUGCUCGAACUGGAAGCGGGUCCUCAUGGUGCUGGCAGGCCUGGCGUCCUCCACACGGGACAUCCAGCAUGACGCCGUGCACUAUGGCAACCACCUCAGGCGCCUGGACAGCUUCGAUCACCAGGGCAUCGCCCAUCGGCUUCGAACCUACACCAAAGUGCUCUUCGUGCGUGAGCCCUUUGAGAGGCUGGUGUCGGCUUUCCGGGACAAGUUUGAGAACCCCAACACCUACUACCACCCUGUGUUCGGGAAGCCCAUCAUCUCCCGGUACCGGGCCAAUGCUUCACAGGCUGCCCUCCGGACCGGUGCCGGAGUGACCUUCAAGGAGUUCAUGCAGUACCUGCUGGACGUGCACCGGCCUGUGGGCAUGGAUAUCCACUGGGAGCAUGUGGGCCAGCUGUGCAGCCCCUGCCUGCUCGACUACGACUUCAUCGGCAAGUUCGAGACCAUAGAGGAGGACGCCAACUUCCUCCUACGCAGGACGGGUGCCGCCCACAACCUCACCUUCCCCAGCUUCAAGGACAGGAACCCGCACGCGGAGCGCACCUCUGCUCGCAUCACCCACCACUACUUUGCACAGCUUGACGCUUCCGAAAGGCAGAGGGCCUAUGACUUCUACUACAUGGACUACCUGAUGUUCAAUUACUCCAAGCCCUUCAAAGACCUGUACUGAGGCCUGGAUGAGGCUGGCUGUGUCCACCUCGGCGUGGCCAGCCCUGUCCUGUCCUGUAACCUAGAGUAGCAGUGACAGGAAGACCCCCCCCCCCCCCAUCAUGCUGCAUUAAUCCUAUAUAAAAAGUGUUUGUCCAUCUGGUCCUCAGGGCAGGCUGGUCCACAUUUUUGCUCCCUCCAAACUCUCUGUCAGACAGUCCACAUUUUUGCUUCUUAAUGGGUAGUGAUGGGCAAAUGAAGCUUCAUGAAAUAAUAGCUAUAAUUUCUGACACCACUAAAUGGUGCUAUCUGUUCAAAAAAGGGUCAAAUUCAUGCCCCAAAGCAAACCAAGAACGCCAUCUAGUGGGGACAAAAAAUACAGAACACAGGUUAUGAAUCUUCAUUUGUCCAUCAUUACUACCGGGAGCUGGGAGGGAGCAAAAACGCGGACUACCUGUGGAUUCCCGAGGACCGGACUGGGAAACACUGCUAUAAAACAUUCAAAAUUUUAUGCACUUUGGAAAAAACAUGAACUAUCGAGGGCUCUGGGUUUCCCAAAGCUGAAAAUCCCCUAAAUCCUCAAAAACAGCCUAAGCUAAAUACCUUUGAGAAAAUUCCAGUAAAAACAUACAAGAAGCACUGUGGCCGGUACCUCGAAUGACCCCUCCCCACACCCAUGGACAUUCAUAUACAGCUGGAUCGGCUGUGUCAGAUGAAUGCUGAUAACACUCCAGAUUUCACUACACAUGAGCAGAACAGUCUAAACCACUUGUGAGAAACUCUGAGCAGAUUUAGAAUGCUACAGAGCUAUCCAACAGUUUCAAGCCCUUACAUCAAUUCCUACAAAACAGGCUGGUCCCUGUGCAUUUAAUAUUAAGUCCAAAAACACGUCCUUUCAAAAUAUUACAGAUUAUAUAUAUAGUGCUCACGUACCUUAAUCCAAAAACCUUAUUUAAGCCAUUGAUUAUCAGUCUUUUAGAGGCAGAUAUAUUUUUUACAUAUUUAUAUAAUGGGUUCCAGCAUAAAGCUUUUUUUCAUUGCAUAUAUCCUGAUUUCUGAAGCCACAGAUUGGUCUGCGUGUAACAUUACAGCUAAUGUAUGGUAAAUGUCCCAUCUGAACCCUCUGCAGUAUGUUGGAAGAAAGUCCUGCAUGACUGGCUGAUAAAACCAGACCCCAGGUGCUGGAUUUUUUUGAGCGAGGAGGCAGAGCAGCACAGACACAGGGACAGGAGGAUGUGGGCUGUUUAAACCCUGUGUUAAAAGUCCUUCCCAGGCAAUAUCAGCCACAAUCCUGGGAGGGGUGAACGGCCGGAUUCUGAUCUAUGUGUAUCAGCAUCACCAACACAGGACCUUACACACACCAACCAGCAGAGGUCACUGGAGUCAACUUUAUGAAAGCUGUGACCUACAGCAGUGUUUCCCAGUCCAGUCUUUAGAGACCCCCCCAGACAUUUUUCCUCACUCCUAGCUCCCAAUACACUUGUUCCAAGUAUUCUGUAUUUUUUAUUUGCAGGGAGUGGGGAGAAAACAAAAAUGUGGACUGGCUGGGGGUCCCUGAGAACUGGGUUGGGAUACACUGGCCUACAACAGUGUUUCUUAACCCGGUCCAAGGGGACUCCCAGACAGAUAGUCUACAUUUUUGGUCCCUCCCAGAUAGUCUACAUUUUUGGUCCCUCCCAGAUAGUCUACAUUCUUGCUCCCUCCCAGCUCCUGGUAAAAUGGGCAGUCUGGGGGUCCCUAAGGACUGGUUUGAGAAACACUGACCAACAGGGUAUUUUUGAUAAAUGAUGGAAAGGAAAGGGGUCGUGCACUUUUAAACUGAGAGACAUGCUGUGAGAUUCAGUGGUGUUGGAACAACACAGCGCCCCCUACGGUCCCCUCCCACAACUAGUGGGGGACCACAUACUCCAGAGAGCCCCAUCAGGGUGUGGUACUGUAUGAUGACAGAGGGAGGAGCUCGGAGUGGGCGGGAUGUGUAUCGACCGUAUGCUGCAGAAGGACAGGGGAGGGAUCUACCUCGUCUUUUCAGUCAGCCUGUGAGAUAUGCUGCAAUUAACCACACAAUAAAUAUCCAGGCCUACAGGCCAAGCUUGUUUAAUUAUCCGUAGACGACACAGAUAGAAGGAAAGAUCCAGAGAAUGAAUGAAAGGAUUCCUUGGAUGGGGAGGAAAAUUUGUACAAGUGGGACUAUCCUUGUGAAGUUUUGUUUGUGUAGCACCCAGCCUCUCUGAUUCUGUUGGGCAUUCUGGCCCAGUGGGAGAACAUACACUGAUUCUUACCCCCACCCCCCCACCCCAAUUCCCUCCAUGAAACGCCUCACUCUCGCAUGAGUGUAUGGGAUUACGGGCGCAAUGCCCCAGGAUCGAAGUGUAUGCGGUAACAAGUGAAUGUACAGCUGUUUUACUGUCAGUGAACAAAAAUGUUUUUAUCAUAUAUACAUAUAUAAAUAUACGAUGAAGCCCUUUGCCUUAUUUUUCACUGCCAACAAACUGUUGUGUAUCAGGAAAAAGACAUUAAUCAGGUAAGUGACUUGUUUUCUGCUGGGUUGUCUACGAAUAAACAUUUCUGUUUGUCUUUA